GAAACAGGAUGGUCAACAUUAUGUCACCGACAACGAGGGUAAGUUGACUUGUGCGUUUAUUUUUAUGAUUAUACCAUUCAAUUUUGAAGUUGGGCCUCCUAACGUAAUUUUACACCAUAUAAGCUACCACAACCUCAGUGUGUUUGAUUCCUUUUGGCGCAUCCAUUCGACACGCCCACAGCGUCUCAGAGCUGAGAGGUGGCCCUUAUUAUUCAAGUUUUCAAACCUGAUUUUAUGUGCUUUAUCGAUUUUGUUUUAUUCAUUCAAAUUUGGCAGGCUUGUUAACAUUUCUAUUUUCUGUGGUGUGUCGAAUUUACAUGCCAAUUUUGGGCCUGCUAAGUGCCACUAUAAUGGUUAUAGGGGAAAAAAAAACAUCUGGAUGAAGUAAAUUAUAGAAGAUCAUCAUUUGUAAUCAAGUUCCAACCGUAAUCACAAUGUACUUCUGAAGGAUUUACAGUGGCAGUGAAAAUAAAAUGCAUAAAAAUAUAUAGACAUGUAUGGAAUACUAUUCUGGUGAUUAACAUUUAUUAUGCUUUGGUUGGACAAUCUUCCGUUUAAUGGAAUUUAAAUUGUGGAAAAAGGUGGUUCAUUUAUUCUCCAUCUCUCCAUGAGGUGUAUGCCAUACAUGCCUUGAUAUUUUAAGGUAAAUAAGUUUGGUGUUUAGUGUACUGCACCUUUUUCCAUUGGGCAAUAAUUUAAACUCAUUCCAUAUACAGUAUUAAGAAUUUGACAUGACUUCCGCAGGUAGGUGACAAAGGUGAUUUUGAAACAUACAGUGCAAGGCAUAAUCACUUUCACUUUUCUGUGUAGUCAUUAGAAUGAAAUCAUCUUAUAUAAUCAAUAUUUAUAUUAAUUGCUUUAGUUUCAUAAGUCAAAUAUAUUAAAUUAUAUUUUUGACAACUUGCUGCUAAUUCAGUGACCCAUUACUCUCAUUAAUCACUGGAGUUUUCUUUGAUCUUGUAGUAUAUUUUAGUAGUACCACAAUCAGAGUUCCUUUGCAAGGGCCAAAUGUUUGGAGAUCUGUAUUCAAGCCAACCAUCUUUUCUUUGAAGUUCUACAUCAAAGGACUUCCUUCAACCAUUAGUAUGUUUAUUAGGGUUUUCAUUCUCCGCCCAGAUAGUAACAUGUCUUGGGUUCACAACAGGCGUCCCGGUCUGCAAAGAGGAUUGUUUUGCAUCUUAUAAGAUGAGGGAACCGGGUGUGAGCGUAGCUAGAAGGUGAGGCGCCAGCAGGCGGGUGUGAUUCCAAAUAUGGUCAUGAGGAAUGGCCAUCUGCCGGGUGCGCCCAGGGAGGGGCUAAUUCCACGCCCAGAGAAUUAAACCUUGAUAAACUGAGAUCCAGGGGUUUUCAGGGGCUUUUUCGUUGUUCUGGCAAUGUAAGCAGCUGUUAUGACACUAAGACUGGUUCAAUAAAUCGAAUUAGCCCAAACGCCAAGUGUCUCGAAGUCUUCAUUCAUCCCAUGCCCAACGGAAAGCCGCAGGUCUCCCGGGUGACCGCCGACUUGGAACCACACGAGAAAAAAUCCACCUCAACCUCAAAGAAAAAAAGAAAUGUACUUGAAUAAGACCUCAAUUUCAUACAUACAAGAGGAUCCUGUUGGUGGACUUCAGCUCUGCGUUCAACACCAUCAUCCCCGAUCUCCCCUCCUCCAAGCUUCUCCAGUUCAACAUCUCUCCUGCCAUCUGCCAGUGACUCUACAGCUUCCCGAGGGGCAGGACCGCACAGUCAUCGGCCUCAUCAAAGACGGUGACAAGUCUGCGUAUCGAUAGGAGGUGGAGCAGCUGCAGCUGUGGUGCGGCCGACACAACCAGGUGCUGAACAUGCUCAAGACUGUAGAGAUGAUCGUGGACUUCAGGAGGCAUCCUUCGCCACAGCUGCCCCUCACGCUAUCCAACUGCCCGGUGUUAAUCGUUGAGAUCUUCAUGUUCCUGGGAACUACAGUCUCUAAGGACCUGAAGUGGGAGAACAACAUCAACUCCAUCCUCAAAAAGGCCCAGCAGAGGAUGUACUUCCUGCGGCUUCUGAGGAAGCAUGGCCUGCCACAGGAGCUGUUGAGGCAGUUCUGCACAGCAGUAACUGAAUCAGUUCUGUGUUCAUCCAUAACAGUCUGGUUUGGUGCUACAACAAUGCAACUGCAACGGACAGUCAGGACAGCUGAAAAAAAAUCGGCGGUACCCCCCCUAACCACUCGAGGAUUUGCAUGCUGCCAGAACUAUGAAAAGAGCAUGCAAAAUCCUCUGGAUCCUCCACAUCCUCGUCACAACCUCUUCCAGCACCUUCCCUCAGCAGACCCUGCUGUGGAUAAAGAACUCACCAAAGCCAUCCUGGCACGCCAGUUCCACCCUUCUGUCAUUGGCCCGGAGACGUGGGAAGGUUACAUCUUCUCUGGCCUGGAGAUCCGAAUUAAAGAAUCCACAGACCUCUACGGAGCUGUACUCUGGCCCUCGGCUAUGGUGUUGUGUCACUUCCUGGAGACCCACCGUGACAAGUACAACCUGAUGGACAAGAAUGUGAUAGAACUUGGUGCAGGAACUGGUCUCGUCUCUAUCGUUUCUAGUCUUUUAGGUGCUAAGGUGACCUCCACAGACCUCCCAGAUGUGCUAGGGAACCUCCAAUACAAUGUCACAUGCAACACAAAAGGACGAUGCAAAUACACCCCUGUGGUAUGUGGUACAGACACAGUUACAGAGCUGGUCUGGGGCCCAGAAGUGGAACAGAGGUUCCCACAAAGCACACACUAUUUCGACUACAUCCUGGCUGCAGACGUGGUGUACGCCCACUCCUACCUGGACCAGCUGUUGGACACAUUCAACCAUCUCUGCCAGGUGAACACACAGAUCCUGUGGACCAUGCGUUUCCGCCUUGAGCCAGAGAACAGCUUUGUGGAUCGCUUCAGCAAGCACUUCCACUUGGAGGAACUGUAUGACCUCCCCAGUCUCAGCAUCAAACUGUACCGAGCCUGGAGGAGGGACAAGAGAACCAAGGAUCAAUAAACAAUACAAGCCUCUGAUUUGGUUAAAAAGGCUACAUAAGACUUAUUGCGGAUAUAAUAACAUUGCACAAGUGUUGUUAAUGUUGCGGCCGGUGAGUAUACAUUUGUAUACAGUUUAAAAUUUGACUUUACUUAGACAAAGUUGAGCUGUGUUUGACAAUUUUUGCACACACAGAUGAAUAAAGCUACAAACCCAAAGAGAACCCA